CUCUGCCUAAUGUUGUCUGUAUGCGUCUGUCUCUUUCUCGUCUCCUCAUUAGCUGAGCAAACAUCUGAAUUCAAGGACUGCAUAGAAGAGAGGUAGAAGAGAAGGAGAAAACUUCCCCUAGGUGUGGGAAAAGAGGACCAUUUGAACAGCAAUAACCUUUUUCCAUCUCUGUGUUUGCCUGUUGCUUCCCAGUAUGGGCUCUGGGCAGAGCAGCGACAAAUUGCACUGCAACCGCUAUCUGAAUGGACAGGGUCCUCCAUCACUGGUACAACAAGCUAAUGAAGGGGUGAAUGAAAUGUACAGAGCACCGAAUGGCUUCCAGCCAGAGGGCCAGAUGACCUGGGUGAUCCUCCACAGAGACCUGCCAGGAUUCCCUGAUGACAACACCCUGCAGCUCAACUACAUAUUUCCAGAUGGAAUACAGACUGAGAAACACCCUCACCCUGGCCAGUCUUAUGCAGGCCUGAGGCUCUGUGCUUACCUGCCUGACAACCGUGAGGGUAGGAAGGUUCUCAAGCUGUUGGACAAGGCCUUCAAGCAGCAGCUUCUGUUUACCAUUGCUACCAAUGAAGAUGGAGAGGACAUAAUCACUCCAAGUUUUAUUCCCCUGAAAACUCAACCGGAUGGAGGGAGCACACAUGAUGGCUAUCCAGACUCUGACUACCUGAAGACUGUGAGAAAGCUACUGAGGGAUAAAGGCAUUGAGUAACAACAAACACACAAGCUGAAGACACUUAAAAAUUAAAUUUUUUUAGAUAUAUAUUAUAUUAUAUUAUAUUAGAUAUAUCUCAAUUGAACUGAAUAGAAUUGAUAGGAUAGUGAUUUUCAACA